AUGCUUGCAACGAAAGCAGCGCACUUACGAGCUCUUCGCUUUACCCCUUGCUCCUCGCGCUCUAUAGGAUCCGCAGCUACAUCGUCUCGAGCAUCCCACUCUGUUCCUCGCGCCGCACUUCCUCAUGCCGGCGCACAUAGACGCCAAUUGUCGACCACUCGAACAGUAUGGAACAAGGAGCGCAAUUUGUAUGCAUUUCUACAAGAUACCUUCGACCAGGAAACCUCGUCAGUUGCAGAGCAAAGCGCGGAGUCAAGCUCGAGGGAGUCGUCUUCUCCAGAAGAGACCGUAACAAAUUAUUCAGUAGAACCUCAUGGGAGUAUCACGGUGACGGGGCUCAGUCCGGGACAUACGGAAGAGGAUGUGUGGGACAUGUUCUCGCGGUUCGGGAAGAUCAACGGGAUCUGGUUACGCAGAAAAUGGUCAGGCCGACCCACCGGCGUAGCGGAAAUCACGUUCGGCCAUGCCCGAGUCGCGCAGCACGUCGUGGAUUUGUGCAGUGUAAUGCCCAUUUCGGUGGACAGGAGCCGUUUGCAGAUUUAUCAUAGUCCCAGGGAGCGGACGAAUAGGUUUAUCCAGUGGCUUAUGGUGUACAACCUCCCCGAAUCCGCGACGGAGGAGUCGCUCAUGGAGGUGUUUGCGCCGUUUGGUCCGGUGAAGGCCAGAAUCUUGAGGUCAGAGUCAAAGGCUUCCCGCGCAGGCGUCCACUUUCACUCCCAAGCGAGAGCAGAACAGGUGUAUGCACAGUGGAGCGAGGACCCAAGAUCUCUCGUCCUGGGUAAAAAUACGCUUGUCGUCGUCCGUCCGGGAUGGUUCAAUAUUAGCCACCCGCUGUCCAACUGGCUAUACAUUACCGGCCUCCCGCCCAGCGCCACGGCAGCGGGAGUGGAGGAGGUACUCCCCGAAGCGCGAAAGGUGAUUAUGCGUCGCUCCUCAGACGACGAUACCGCCACGGGAUACGCGUUGGUCCGCGUGGACAAUCGGAGCGUAGUGGACGCGAUUAUGCAGAAAUCUCGAGCGAUCGGUGGCCAGACGUUGCGGAUCGAGCAUCUGGGUGGAGAUGCAAUCUCAAGAUUUAACGCGUCAAGAUUGUUCGUCAGGGAGGCCCCGGGCUCGAAGAUUGAGCUGAAAUUGAAUUACUGA